CAACCGAUGAACUUUGACCACUUUGACUGAACAGAGCGGACAAUUACGAGAACAUGGCUCACUGGGUGGAAAAGUGGAAACUGGGAAUAUGCGCACUGUUGGAAAAGUGAACUGAUAAAAUACAGUGGGUGGCGGUAAUGCGACAUUUACGGGUGCAAAACCUCCAGAAAAUACCAAAGAAGAAAAAGAAGAACUUUGCCCUAUGACUUUGCCUGAAAGCUCCUGAGUCCUGCAAAAAACCUUCGUUGUGGUUGGAAAUCGUAGAACUACACGAUGGCGAAUGAAGCCAAGCCAUGUCCCUGUGAUAUCGGUGAUCGGAUGGAGUAUGGGGGGCUCGGUCAGGAGGUCCAGAUAGAGCACAUCAAAUCUUAUGUUGUUAAACCAUCUGCUGCAUCUGACAAGGCCAUCAUUGUCAUACACGACAUCUUUGGCUGGGAGCUUCCCAACACCAGAUACAUGGCUGAUAUGCUCGCUUCUAAUGGAUACACUACAGUCUGUCCGGACUUCUUUGUUGGCAAGGAGCCAUGGACCCCGUCACAUGACUGGUCCACACUACAGGAGUGGCUUAAAGAGAGAAGCGCAACAGACAUUAAGAAAGAGGUGGAUGCAAUGUUGAGGUUCCUGAAGGAGCAGUGUGGGGCCAAACACAUUGGAGUAGUGGGCUUCUGCUGGGGAGGGAGAGGCACCCAUUACCUGUCUCUCAAUUAUCCAGACAUCAAAGCUGGAGUGUCACUCUACGGGAUCAUCCGUGACCAAGAGGACAGGUAUGGACUGAAGUUUCCUACGCUGUUCAUCUUUGGUGGGAAUGACUCCUAUAUCCCGCUGGACCAGGUGAAUGGCCUUGAGGCGAAGCUAAAGGAGAAAUGCAAGACUGAUUAUCAGGUGAAGAUCUUUCCUGGUCAGACUCAUGGCUUUGUCCACCGAAAGAAUGAGGAAAUGAACCCAGACGACAAACCCAGCAUCCUGGAGGCCAGAGCAGACUUAAUCAACUGGCUCAAUAAGUACAUGUAAAUGAGAAGGUCAGGUAUAAAUAAUCAGCGACACUAUGCUAGAGCCAUGCAUUGUAUUUUUUUAUACAAUUAUCUUUUAUGUUGGCCGAAUGAAAAACUGAAAGAGUUCAGUAUUAAAUGUGUCCUUCACAGCAUACUAAUGGUUGUGAUUGGUGGUCAUGGUUUAGUAUGAUGGCUGAUAUUAAAGCUGUUUAAAUCUUUUUUGCAAUUUUAUGUCAGAGGUCUAAAUGUUCUUGAGGCUGUGGAUACAGAGGAACUGUGAUUUGUAUUGAUUGUAAUGAAAUGUGAUUUACAGUGAAGAUAAAACUAAUCAGCACUUCUGCCAAGUCAUUAUUAAUGCAGUGGUACCUUAAUGGAAGCAUGCAAUUUAAAAUGUAUUGUAUGUAGAAAAUAAAGAUGUUUUUUUUAAAUGAAAAAUCCAAUGUGCAUGUGACAAUACAUAAAUAAAGCUUAUUUGGGGCUUGAAA